AUGGCGUCAUCUUUAUGUCCCGGAAGUUGUUUGGAAUGUUUUGUAGGUUGGCUUGAUAACGGCCAGGGAUGUGUUGAUGGAUAACGAGUGAAGAAUGGUCGUUGAUGGUUUACAUUGUGACAGUGGUCACUGUUUUGUUAUACUGACGCGGGCGAGGACUUCACCUGCAUGACUUAGCUAGUGGUCCUGUGCUGAGAGGAGAAACAGUGAUGUCAGAGGUAGGUGUUAACCGGACUGAACCGGAGACAGGGGCAUCAAGUGACCAGGGUGGACCCUCUCCUGACACCGUCAAGUCCCCGAGUAGUGAAGCUUCCAGGCCUGAUCUGCAGGGUCUUCUGCCUGCUGGUUGUCUGUCCUCAGCAGAUGUUAGCCCCUCACCUUCUGGUGAGGCAAGUGGCCUGUUGUCAUUACCAUGGGAGUUGGUAACCCAUAUCGCUUCUCACCUUCCUGCUCAGUGUGUCAUCACUGUGCUGCCAAAGGUCUGUCAUGCAUUGGGUAAUGUUGGUAAGGACAGCACUGCUUGGCAGUUCCGGGCACGCAGAUUAAUUGGAUCCCGGGCUGACUUUCCAGUGGGGCCGAGGGAGGACUUUGACUGGCCCACUGCUUGCCUGGAGAUGGAGCAACUUAUAACUUGCUGGACAAACCAAGCGCACCUUGUGGCGAGACAGACCCAAGAGGAUGAGGAGGAAAGGGAGCAAUUGAGGCAGCAGCAAAGGGCUGAGCAGGAUGGGGAACCACCUGCAGAAGGACAGGAAAAUGGUAGAGAGGAUGAGGUAGAAGGGAUGGGAGUGGCAGGACAGGCAGUGGCGUAUGGUGUGGAUGAAGGGAUGGAGCUGGCAAUAGAAGGUGAGAAUGGUGAAAUGCAGCCUGUUGUAGGUGAAAACCAACUGGCAAGAUUGAGAGAGAAGUUGGAAGAGAGACUGGAGAAUGAUGCAGCAGCACUAAUGGAAGAAGAAAGGGACUAUAGGAUGAUGAUUGAUGCUGAUGAAGUGCAAGAUGGUCCCCUCAAUCGUCAAUUGGACUUUCACAAUCCAGGGAAUCUGGGAUAUGGAAGACGGGUAGACAAGGAGCAACAUCCAGUCCUCAGAAGCCCCAGCCCACCCCCAGCGCUGGAGUACAUAACCCUACCUUCAGGCCACAUUGCCCAGGUCAACUCAGUCCUCCUAGUUGGGGGAGAGGGGAAGGUUUGUGCCACAGGUUCCAGAGACUGGAAUGCUAAACUGUGGGAUCUACAGGCAGGUCCUAGUGGCACACUGCUGCACACACUGGGAGCGCAGGGUGACUUCAGCACCCAUCGGGGGUGGGUCUGGUGCCUGGCAUCUCAGGGACCUGUGCUGGCGUCCGGGGGCUUCGACAGCACAGUGAGGCUCUGGGACCUACAGGCAGGUGGCGCAGCGAUGGGCGUGAUCAGAGCUGGGGCUGCUGUCCUCUGUUUGACCUGUCAGACAGAUGUGUUGUUGGCUGGUACAUUUGACAAGAGAGUCAACAUGUAUGACCCCCGAGGUGAGGGAUUUUCCUUACAUGAGAUGGUCAUUUUGUCUACAUCUGCUGAACACCUGGUGAAAAGCCUCCAUCUCCAUGGUAAUGCUGUGAUGUGCCUAGCUGCAGAUGACAAUUACAUCAUCUCUGGGAGUAAAGACUGCACUGUGGCUGUUUAUGACCGCAGAGCAGGCAAAGGCUUGAAGAAAAUUCGGAUGAGCUCUUAUGUGCUGUCCAUGAGCUACAGUGGCAAUGAGGUGUGGGCAGGAGACAACAGAGGCAUGCUCCACUCCUACUCUAUGCAGGCCGGGACCUUAAAAGCCCUGUCCCAGUUUGAUGUGGGACACACAGCUGUGGUCACUGGCAUACAUAGGUCUCCUGGAAGCCUCUACACAUGUUCCUCUGAUCGUACUGUCAAGGUACAUAUCCCUUGUGCACCUCCAAGGACAUUAUGCACACUGCAUCACCAAGAUGGAGUCAACGGGCUGAGUGUGGAUGCUGGAGUCCUUGCUGUAGCCUCAGGGGGCGUGUGUGUGGAAGUCUGGAGGCCCAAAAAAAUGAAAGAAUGACACCUGCAAAUUAUGAGGCAAGACUUGAAGGCAGGUGGGGAGAAGAGACGAAGCCUAUCAACACCAUUUUGGUCUUUCUGUAUUUUGGAAUUUGGAACAUGCAGAGUGAACAAAACCAAAAAAGAAGAAAAAAACAUAUCUAAUGCCUUUCAGGCUGUCUACAUCAGGGAGGUUGUAGGUAAAAACAAAUGAACAUGUACAGUUAGGACUGGAUAUGAAGACAGUUGAGUCUCUUGUGGUACAGAUGGCCAAACUAAUUGCUUUAUUUUGCUGCACUUUUAGAAAUAUUAAAGUAUAAAACUUUUUUUUUUUUUUUUAAAUAUUGCUACCAGUUUAGGUUAUAAUGCUAAUCAAUUUAAAUAAAUGUUUCUGUCUUGUGUUGAUUUUAUUACGGUUGGGGAAAGUUCAGGACACUUGUACUGAUUCAGCUAAAAGCUGUCAACCUUUUUGUUUUCUUAAAUUCGUUGUUCAAUUCUGCUGGUUCUACAAACGGACAACACACAGGAAAUAUGCAUAUUGCUAAUGUUUGUACCUUCAUUUAUUUGAUGCCAGUACUCAAAGCUUUCUCACCUCUUUUAAUGAUGUACAUUUAAAUAGCAUGAAAACUACAGACAUUCAAAGGGUAUAUACGGUUUACAUGCUAACAAAUUGACUGAACCCAUUACAGUAACUGACAGUGUACACAAAGCAUUUGUCAUGAACAGUGAAACAGUGUCCCAAGUUUUCUGUGACAAGCGGAUUGUAUUUACAUAACUAUUUAUUUGACCACAGUUAUCAUUGUAUGGUCUGUUUGCAUAUCUCCUCUUUGUGUGUGUUGGUUAACUUUAUCAUUGUGUAAUAAUUUGUGUGUAUAAUUUAUUAGCAUAGUACUUGACAGAUGCAUGUGUUAAAGCGCAUUGGAAAAUGCCAUUAAAUGGCCUGAAAGUCUAGUGUCUGAGUUAGGCUACUGGCUGGAUUUGUUCACUGCCAUCAUGUCAACUUGUAGCAUUUCAGGUUGUUAUUGGCUGUAAGCAUCUCUCUUCUGAUUAAAAUGUAACUUGAGUCCAGUUACCCAGGUUAUAUUUAAUAUACUAAAAAGUUUAUCUUGUACACAUUUAUCAGUAAAAAA